GACCAUCGUCAUCGGAUCGGCGUGCCAUCGGCAGCGCGGCAGGAAGCGAUCGGCUCGUGGCUGUGCCGCAAACCGUGAGCUCGAACGGCCGCUCGACUGUCGGCUCUCCCCAUGGGCGGAGGACAGCUCGAAGACGCCGCGGCGAGCAGCCGUCGCCAGCAGCAGCCACCAGCCGGGCCGCCGACGUCGGCAGCAGCGGCUGACGCAGCCCUGACGGCCGACGCGCCGGGCCGCGGAGGCCGGGAGGCCGCCAUCAGCCUCGACGGUGACGGCUGCGGCAGUGGCUGGGACGCGCCGCAAGCGACGACCACCACCACCCCCGGCGACGGCAACCACCCGCUGGUCUGGCUGGCCAUCCUCAAGGUGGGCCUCAUGGCGGACCCGGCCUGGUGCUCGGGCGCCAUGCACGAGCGGGCGCGCCGCCUGUGGCUCGCCUUUCACCGGCUGGAACCGCCGGACGGGCAACUCAGACAGAUGGCGGUAGAGGCGGCGCCUCCAUGGGAGCCCCUGGCCGCGACCCUAUGGAAGAGCAUCACGGCUGUGCGCGACCUGUGGGAACAGCAGCCGCCGGCAACGGCCACGCACACAACGCUUGCGGCGGCCGCGCUGUUUCUCUGGCAGGGCUGCACCCAAUGGCCAGCGCACGAGGGCAACCGCCAGAGGGCCAACUGCGGUUGCACCUGCUGUCCCCACCAGGGGCCCUCCUGGUCCGACACCACGCCGCUACGAGCAACUGCCAGCGACUACGAGCUCCCUGCAGACAAGGGUACUCGGUGGCAGAUGGACUACGACUGGGGACUGGGACAGGCGAAGUUACUCCAUGCCGUGUGGGCGACCGGGCCGUGCCCGGCGACCCGCUGCUGCCCGAACCUCGGCAAGCCCUGGCCCUGGGAAGGGGCCGAACUCCUGCUUCCCCUGGUGCUGUCCCACGGCCUGUCCUGGGCCGCCCUGGCGCGUGCCGGAACCGCACCGUGCGCCUGAGCGCUCGCCUCGCGCUCCUCACAUGGCCAACCGGAGGCCCCCGUCCACGGGCAGCACCUGCCCGGUCACGUAGCUGCUGCUUGCCAAAAAAUGCACCGCACGCGACACCUCCUCGGCACGGCCCGGCCGUUGCAGGGGGAUGCGGCCCACCACUGCUUGCAAGUGUUCCGCGCGAGUCAUGCCAGUGUCUAUGAAACCUGCGAAGCAAGGAAGAAAGAAGAAAAAAAAAAGAUUGUCACAUGUGUUUUGUUCAUUGCAAGUGCAUAACAAAUGUGAAAGAAUAUAUAUAUGUAGCAGCGAAAGCCACCUAA